AUGAAGGAGUUACAUUUCGAGACCAUAAACGAACAUGCACUUGACUUCUAUUUGGGGCAGGGGUUCAAAAAGCUAUUUGAACGUAUGUCCAAAGAUAUCAAAAGUGGAACCUUCACACUUGAUGGUGGUGAUGAAGAAGAUAAACUGAAUCUUGAUCAAGCUUUCUACUUCUUGAUUAAAUUUUGCAUACCCGAGCUACUCGUUGCCGAUAGAGAAGAAGAUGUGAAAGUGUCGAACAUAGACGGGUUUCACAACAACUCGUCUAUAUCAACAAUCGAUCACGUAUUUAGUAGUCAGCAUGUUGGUGAAUUCAGCUUUCCGCGAUUGUCAACUAUUGAUUUGGUAGACUGGACGAGUUUGGGAGAGGACUUUCACACACUUCUGAGUACUACCAAGUAUACUAAUAACAGAAUUUUUGAAAUACUUUUACAAAGUAUAGGCGAGAUUUCAAACCAACAAAUUCGUGUUGAAGGAUUAACUAAGGAAUUGCUCCUGUACGCUUUACAGUAUGCCAAGCAAUGUAAAACUCGCGUACAAGGCAAGGAAUCUUUUUUUGAUGCCAGUCUCCGGACUCUUGAAAAGGCUGGCGGUGGUCACGUUCCAUACCAAGAAUUUCUUGAAGUUUUCAAAUCGAAACUAGUGUCAACUUUAAAUAUCCUAGCUCCCGGUUUCAAUGACGCAAAGCAGUCAACUGAAAACUUGCUCAAUGAGCUACGAGAAAGAGGUAACAAUUUAAUGUCAUUUCAAUGCUUUGCUCAAGCAAUUAAAGUCUAUACUGAAGCCUUGCUACUUGCUCCACCUUUUUCAUACGUUGAUGAGCCACAGAUCUACACCAACCGAGCCAUCGCGUUUAUUGGUCUCAAUUGUGUUCCUGAAGCUAUAGAUGAUUUGAAUACUGCGAUUUAUUUAGACCGCGCUUUUACUCCGGCCUGGACUCAAUUGGGAUACUGUCAUUUAUAUAUGGGUAACGGAUUGCUUGCAUUGGAAUGUUACAAUCUCGCCUUGAAGUCAUCUGUCGGGGAGGUAUUGCCACACAACUUCCCCGAAAAUGGUUCACUUGUUGAAGAAUACAAAAGUUUGAGAACGAAAACAGUAUUGCCUCAAUUUAUCAAGAGGUUGAGCUCGGCCAUUGCCUUGACCGAGAAAAGAGCGUACCAACAAAAUGUUCCUGAAGCGAAGAUCAAGCCCAUAAUCAGUGACGUGAGGAGGUUGCUUGCUCGGUUGAGAGCAGUUGGUCCUGAAGUCGAUCGCGAUUGUUUCACAUACAUACCUGUCUAUCGUGAUUCCUCUUUAAGAGAUCUAUCUCAAAGGAUGAAUGAAAGUCGUCCAAAUAUUUUGACACCCGAGGUAACACAAAAUAUGCUUGCGAGGGACGGGAUGGAAACAGCCACGAUAACUCAAGUUGAGAGACCACCUCACGUGACUUUGGAGCGUAAUCCAGCAGCGGGUGGAGAAAACAAUGGAGCAAGAAGUCCAGAGCCCUUAGUCUUGCGUCCCAUGGAUGACGAUUUGCAGACUCGUAAUCAUCUUUCGGAUAUUCUUGGAUAUAUGGGUGAAGGUGGUUCCAGAAGACAAGGUCGAGAUGCGCAACAACCCCUGCAAGCUGGUGGAGUUUUGGGUGGAAACGGUACAGCCCGAGGUGCUGCUCAGGGCCCUAUUUCAGAUCCUGCUUCAGAUCCUGCUUCAGAUCCCGCUCCUCUGAAUAACGCUGCAACUAACAGAUCUAGUGAGAAUAGAAAUCCUUCGCCACCCAGGCCCCACGAAAGGCUUAACUUGUCAAGCAUGUUACCCGAGGCUCUCCGUAAUGUAAUGGGUCCUGGUUUGUUGAACACGUUUGAGAGGUUUACACAAGGUGAAGGAAAUGGAACUAUAUUCGUCAAUGGUGUUGAAGUCUCAAACAGGAAUGAUGGUAGGUAUGGAAAUGGUAGCAAUGCAACUAGCUCUGGAUCAAGACAACAACAAGCUGAUGGUCAAAGUCGAAACGAACUGCCAGCGGAUACUAGAGGCUCAAAUCGUGUAGACGAUAGAACGGGGAACCAAAAUACAUCUAGAGAUGUUCCCCUCGAGUAUGACUUCAACGAUGAUCAGGAGUUGGACUAG